AUGCUAGCCAGCCCGGUGGACACAGAGUUCCUGAGCAGCCUGCUGGCGGAAGCCAGCGGAGGAGGAACGGUUGGGUCUGCGUCAGCUGGUCCCGGAUGCACCACUCAACAGUUCGGCAACACAUCCUCCCAGGACGGCCCUGUGCUACCAGAGAUGCUUCUUCCCAACACUCCACUCCCCGUUCUUGACCAAGGGGUGGUGUCGCGCCGGGACGGCUCGACUUCCGCCGCAGGGCUCGCAGCCCAGGACCGGAGCUCAGCCACGACGCCGGCAUCACCCGCGAAGAAUCAAAAUCAUCGUCUUCUUCUUCCUCAUCCUGGAAGUCCCACCGACCUCCCGACGCCUUCGGACCUUCCGGAUGUGAUAACGCCAUGGGCCAGGUCGCCGUCAAUCAAGUUAGAAUCCUACACUCCAACAUCGUCCGCGUCGUUGCGACUGCCUUCACAAGGGAAUCACCAAUAUCUCACUUUUCCUCGACCUGCAGAAGUACAGGGUCAAUACCCAUCGCUUGCACUGACGUUCAACUACGAGGACUGGGGUUGCAGCGACCAUGAGAUGUUUGCUGCCGAUAGUACAAGCUCGCCUCCUUUGACGAUAAACACUGGCUUUAUAGUCGACAAACGUAGCCAACAGCCACAGCUACAACAACACACCACGACCGACCUCGCCACUUCCAACCAUUCUUCCUACUGGUCAAAUCAAAUACCGGUAUUUGGACAGGAAAUCACACACCAGCAGCACUCACCGGUCUGGCAAUCGUCGGGCCUGGAUGGUGUGGAUGUCAUAUCGCAACGGUCCUCGCCACUAUCGCCAUACUUUGGGCCCCCAACACCAGCCUCGCCGAGCGGGUUCCCGCUGCCGACUGGCCUGAUGCCAACCUCUUAUCCCAGCAGUGGACUCGAGGAUCAUGCCGCAGCCGGGUACAACGUCGGUGGCAACAACAAUAGCAUCGACACCAGCAAUAGUAGUAACAGAUUUCUGGACCAGGGUGGCGUCAUCUACUCAAGCCAGCAACAGCAACAAAACCAGCAGCAGCAGCAAGUAGCAGCAGCUCUUGUGGCACCUCCUCCUCAUCCUCCACCACAAAGCCAGCACACCACAUUGCAGGGUUACCUGCAGCAUCCCAACCAGCCGCAGGAGACUCUGGUGGGCAACUUCCCGACCUUGCCGUCCAACCGAUUCCUCACCGGCCCGAGCUCGAACCACGGAGAUGGUGCCGCUAGAGAUGUAUACAAUGGCCAGCAAGGGCAACAUAAUAGCCAAGUCCCGCAUCUUGAAGGAUGCAAUGAAGAGGAGGAUAGCCAGGAUGACGAACCAGUUGUCAACGAGGAUGAAGAGGAGCAGAGCGAGCAGCCCUAUGCAAAGCUUUUAUGGAAGGCUUUCAUGUCAUCCCCCGAGCGCAGCAUGACCCUGCAGGAGGUCUACAAGUGGUUUAUCAAGAAUACGGACAAGGUCAACUCCAAAGGUUGGCAAAACAGUAUCAGGCAUAAUUUGAGCAUGAACCAUGCAUUCACAAAGAUAAAUCCACGCCUUGAAAAGAACUUGCCAGCCGGAUCAAGCACAGAAAAUCUGGUUGAUGAAGACAACCAGAGCAAGUCUGGAGCAACAACCCCUUCAACGGCCAAAAAGUCGGCGGUAUGGUACCUGCAAACCUGGGCAAUUGAGAACGGAGUGCAGUCCACUACAAGGUACCGCAACAAGACACAGUCCUGUUCUCGUUCUGGCGGUGGCAGCGGCGGCGGCUCAAAAGGGGCCGACGGUGGCACAGGUCAACAAAAACAACAAAAUAGUGGCAGACCAUCACCAUCUCCGAUGGCUAUUCAAAAUUUCAAGCCGGUAAUCGGCGGCUCCCGACGUAGCAACCGCACCUCUUCUGCGCGCUGGCCCCGAUAUUCUGACCGCAUGCAUCCCUACCGCAUAAUUCCACACCACUCUGUCCAGCAGCAGCUCGAGGCAAGGAUCUCGCCCAAUCCGGUCAUGAGAUCUCUGCAUUCGUCUCCGUCGGCCAUGGGCUUGCGGAACCAGCAUCACCCAGUCAUGAUUGCACCACAACAGCAGCAGUAUGCGAGGGACCAGUGGCAGUUUACUCAGCACCAGCAUCAACAUCAACAGCCAAGUAGUAUGGCCGAUCCCACUGGCGACAUGAUGUACAGAGGCCCACCUUUUUGCUAUACCCAACAACAACAACAACAGCACCACCACCACUUGGACAAUAUUUACCCCAUCUCGGGACUAACAGUCAGGACCGAACCGCUGAUGACGACCCACCGGCCGACACCGUCGUAUGAUUUGUCGACCAGCCACCAUCGGUCGGCAGCACACGAAGUAACCCCACAGCAUCAGCACCAGCAGAUGCUGCCGUCGUCAGCACCUACCGCAUAUUACCUCCAGGGGGUGUAUGAUGAUGAUGAUGAUGAUGAUGAUGAUGAUGAAGAAGAAGAAGCAUUCCACCCCCAAAGGCAGAGGAAUGAUUAUCAGCACCACCAGCAAGUCUUGCCUGAGAUCAAGAUGGAGGAUGUUGCUGCCAGUGUCAUGACCCAUCGGCAGCCAUUUCCAAACCGGGAAAUCACUGCCGCUGCUGCUAUCACUACUACCACUGCGGCUACUACGCCCGCUGAUGUGGAGUCGAAAUUGUCUCCACGGCGGACGAGCACUGGGGGUCUUGGGGUGGGUGUAUUUUCAUCCCAUUGA